CCGCGGCGGAGCCGCCAUGGCCUCGCUGGCCGCGGCCGAGCCCCCGGCCCCACGGGCGGCCUCCCGCUCCCCUGGCAACGGCCCCUCUCGCAGCGGCGGUGAGAGGCGCUCGAACGCCGCGGACGCCGCCGCUCAGGAUGCACAGUCGAGGUCAGUGGAUUUGAAUCACGUCAUUGCACUACUUGGAGAUUCGGACUCAAAAGAUUUGGAAAAAGAGCAGCUAAAAACUCUGAAGAAGGUAGUCAAGCAUUUUGAAAAUGGAUUUCCCCUUAAGGAUGUUGCACAAAUUACUGAAGUUCUUAACCUGUGUGCAGACAAAAUGUAUGAACAAGAAGCUUUCACUGAGCCUUUAUGUGAACUUAUUAAACUGUUUGGGUUACCAUUUCAAAAAAGGAAAUCAUCUGAUGAAGCAAACUAUUCCGUUGAAGUUUCACAAUCCAUUACACAACUGGGUUACUUGAUGAGCAUUCAAAGCUCUCAGGUUAGAAUACAAAUCUGUAAGAGUGUUGUUAAUUUUUUUAAUAUGGAGCUACCAGGAAAACUACUUUCAGGUUACCAGCCAACAAGUCCAAACUAUAAAAUCCGGAUGGCUGAAAUAGGAGGAUUAGCAGAAAUCCUUGUUUUGUCACUAACAUUAGUUGAAAAUCAACUUACUGAGAAGUUGUGGGUACUUAAAGCUCUCCAGCAUCUUUCCACCUCUGGAGAAAGUUGUGCACAAAUGGUGAACGUCGGAGGAGCCAGCAGGCUUUGUUUGUGUCUAAAUGGUGCUGAUCCCUCAGGACAGCUGCUGUUCCGUUCCUCAGAGAUCCUAUGGAACCUGCUAGAAAAAGCCUCAAAAGAAGAAGUUGUUAAUCAGCUCAGAAGCUUGGAAUGUGUACAUGCUUUGAAAGAGGCAUUUGUAGAGCUUGUGUUUGGCUUCCGGCACUGCGAUCAUCAGCUACGGAAUGAUCUCUUGGUGAUUGCCACCUUACUAACUGAAAGCCCUGCAGUACCUAUGAUUGAAAGUGGAUUUGCAAAGAUCUUAAUAGUACUUGCAACAUGUACUGAAGUUAAACUUCACAAUCCUUUGGUAAAAGGUUUUAAACUUACCUACUCCUACGAGGAUUUUGAGAUGAAGAAGUUACUAUUUAAUAUAAUAGGAAUCUUAUCUAAAGACCCAUCUGCUGCACAGCUCCUCAGUGAAAAUCAUGUGAUCCCAGCUUUGCUUUAUUAUGUAAAACAAAAUCAAAGGUCUGGAUUUCCUGACUGGUCUGCUGCCCAAUAUGAAGAAUUACAGCUUCAUGCACUUGCUGUUUUAGCUUCAGUGGCUCCUAUGUUAGUAGACAAAUAUUUGUCCUGCCAAGCGAAUACUCUUCUCCUUGUGUUUCUAGAAUGGUGUAUAAGCCAAGAUGCUUUCUUUGGUCGAGGUAACAGUUUCCAUGGAACAGGUGGUCGUGGCACCAAACUCGCGCAAAUGCGCUACAGCCUCCGAGCUCUGAGAUCUGUUGUGGCCCUUUAUGAUGAUGCUGUGAGCAGUAAUUUGUGUGACCAGGGAGCAAUUAGCCAGCUACUGGACAUCCUAAAGUAUGCAGCAGACAAGGCUAAAGAAAAAGAAAGUAUUGCUCUACUGGAAAUCCAAGCUGACAUAUUAUUUAUUUUGUCUGUUCUCUGUGAAGAUGAUAACGACAGAAAGGAACUAUUCAGCUGUGAAGGAAUUGGUAUUCUCGUCUCAUACUUAACGACGGAUCCAACGAGGUUAUGUAGUGGAAUGGGCCACAAUUGUCUCCUCCUCAGUGCGCUGGACUGCUUGUGGUCCUGUGUCAUUGGAUGUAGCAUUGCAGAGGAAUCUUUUAUUGAAAAAAAGGGCGUUUUUCUCCUUCUGGAUUUGUUGGCAGUAGAGGACAACAACCUGUGCAAUAUAAUUCUUGGAAUCUUGAUUGAAUUUUCUGACAACCCUAAAACCGUUUUGCACAUGAGUAUCUGGCGAGGGAAGAGAGAUCAAACAGCAGCUAACGUUCUAGUACAUUUAUGGAGACAGGAGGAGCAGGAUUUGGGAGUCAAACGUGAUCGAUAUGGAAAGAUUGUUGACACAAAGAGACCUCUUAUUACCAGGUUCCAGAAACAGCAAAAGGUCAUUCCAGUGCCUGCCUGUUGUCCCAGUUUUUCUGUCAUGGAAAUUUCAGAGAGCGUACGGGCAAAAAUUUACUCAUUAUUUUGCAAGCUAGGUUUUGAAAAUUUACCUGGCUUAUCUGCUAAGGACGUUGUUACACUUGCUAUUAUACAACAUUAUAUUGACUUUAAAAUUGGAGAGGUUUGGAGUGAAAUAUCUGCAGAAAUAAAAGAAGAAUUCAGGCCUGUUACGUCAGAUGAGAGAGCCUUGAAACUUAUUUCAGAGCUGUCAGAAAAUACUGGAAGAAUGGUUCGUGGUCUGCAGACUGAAGCGCUUGAAAGACAACACCGCCAGGAAAUCAAGGAAGAGAAAAAAUCUUACAAGGAAAUCCAAGCUUCCCAAAUACAGAGAGAAAAUAUAAAUAAGUCUUGGGAAAAUUUCUUGGCUCGGACAUCAAAUUAUGAGGCAUUGAAGAAAGCAAAAAUGCAUCAGAAAACAUUAAUAGAGGCUUCCAGAUCUAAGGCAAAGCUUCACAAUGAACCAGAACAUUCUACUGAUAUUCCAAAACUCCAUACAACAGUUGCACCUGGUCGCUGUGUAACUGUGGAAGGGCUUUGUCAGGAAGGGCUACUGGCUAAUAGAGACCAUGCUCCUAGAAAGCCCUCUCUUUGUAGAGUCUUCAGAAGCAAUCAAAAGAGAUAAAACAUUGGACUCAGUAAAGAAAAAAUCGGUACCUGUAGAAUAGAUGCUGUUCCAAAGAGUGGUAUAUUAAUAUGUAGUUACCUAUAUGUAGAUACAAGAUAAAAUCUGUUUUUAAUGACUUGAAAAAUUGCUUAGAAUAUCAAAAGAGUAAAAUUAUAUUUUCCCUUAAUUAUAUAAUAUAGGGGUGUUUUAUUAAUAAAGUCCCCUGUACAGUAUACAUACCUGCAAAGGUAUGUUAGUUUAGUGACUUUGUGUGCUAAUAUCCACUGUCAACAGGUCCACUAUUUUAAUUUCCUGACACAUUCUAUACCUUGCAGUUUAAGCAUCUCAUUGAACAGGGUCAUAAAUCUUCACAUAAGCACAUUUUAUUCUUCAUUUUCCUGAAUACCAUACCCACAUUGUUUUUGCCCAAGCCCAUUCUGUUUCUUGGAUUGCUACUUUUAGCAUCAGGACUUCUGACAUCCAAGUUUUCUUCUAAACACUCACUAAGGAGCUUGUUUGUGCCAGCAGUUUCUCCCAGCCUGUUGGAGAGGCCUUCUGGAACGUCCUUCUCCAUUUGGGUUGGUCACAGCUCUUUAACUGAUCUUACUAAUCUAAUAAUUCUUAGGCUCUUAUCCCCAUUGUCUCCAGAAAGAAUUCAUCUUCUUCCACCUUUGCGCCUCUAGAAUGCCUACACGAACUGGUAGGUCUGCUGCUCACCAUUGUAGAUGACUCAAUUUCUGAGCUAUUUUCUUUUUUAAUUUGGUCAAUGCCAGAAUUUGCUGUUAUACAAUAGCACAAGACUCCCUGAAGCUCUUCAUUUUAAAACCAGUUGCUGUCCAGUGCUGUGGCAUAAAUUUCUGUGACAUUGCAAGCUUUUAUGCUGUGACAUACAAACUGGGACUUAGUUUGUCUUUUUUGCCUGUCACCAAUAUCUUGAGAAAAGCACAAACUUUUGUUUUUUUAACUGCCAGCUUGAAAAAAAGGAAAUAAAUUUGAGCUAAACAUACUCCAACUCGCCUUUUUUUCUGCUUGAUGAAGGAGGGAUGGGAUAGGGUGUGUAUAUAAGUGUAUCUUCAAAAUGUUUCUCACACAAGACAAACAUAGAAAUAGUGACAUUAAAAAUAAAGGCAAAUACUUUUGUUUCAAAAUUGACCACCUAAAUUCUAUAAAAAGAAGAACCCUAAGAAAAUAAUGAUGUAAAAUAAAACAUACAUAUGAAAAAUGAUAUUUGAAGUUUAGAAAAAUUUCUAUAUAUACAUUUUCAAAAAAUCAGAAGGAUUUUUUUUAUGGGCAGAUCUGUUACACCCUUGUUGAGUAAGAAAGUCAUCACAUUGUAGAGUAGAAAAGUCAUCUAAUACUUAGAGAAAUUAAAUUGAGUUGUGCUAAUUUAAUUUAACUUUUUAUGGUGACCCUUUGCUGACUUAUAAUUUUUAACUAUAAUCUAAUUUAAUCAUUACAUUUUCCCAAGACUAUGUGUAUAAAGUUUGUUUUAUUAAACUAGUCUAUUUGUAUUUCUUGCCUGCCUACAAGAAAAGUUAGCCAAGGUAUAUAAAGAUUCUCUAACUGAAGUCCUGUGUCAAAUAGUCUUGCUCAGUUUUUUAUGCUUAUAUUUCUCUGACA